AUGAACGUAAGUGCUUGGUGGAGCUCGGAUUUAGAGAAAGAGUUGCUGUCUUUGAUAAAAGACGUUUCUCCAAGACACUACUACGACUUGUGCAAGGCUCUAGAUAUCUCCGAUAAACAAAGUGAAGUGAUUUUAACACAAAACCUCUUACAUGUGUCCAAUUCACUAUAUGAAGUAAUCUACAGCUGGAGAGUCAAGCAGAGGGAUGGCACUAAUUACAAGAGAUUUCUAGCCGAAAAACUUAGAACUGUACAUUUAGAUGCAUUGGCAUCAAAACUAGUAGAAGGUGGAUACUCGACAAAGGGAAGCCCAACUCAGUCUUUAGUUGCUGAUGAGGUGCAUGGUGUAAACAAGCUCACACAAGAAGAGGUUAUUAGGGCUUGGUGGAGCUCGGAUUUAGAGAAAGAGUUGCUGUCUUUGGUAAAAGACGUUUCUCCAAGACACUACUACGACUUGUGCAAGGCUCUAGAUAUCUCCGAUAAACAAAGUGAAGUGAUUUUAACACAAAACCUCUUACAUGUGUCCGAUUCACUAUAUGAAGUAAUCCACAGCUGGAGAGUCAAGCAGAGGGAUGGCACUUAUUACAAGAGAUUUCUAGCCGAAAAACUCAGAACUGUACAUUUAGAUGCAUUGGCAUCAAAACUAGUAGAAGGUGGAUACUCGACAAAGGGAAGCCCAACUCAGUCUUCAGUUGCAGAUGAGGUGCACCCUGUAAACAAGCUCACACAAGAAGAGAGCCUACUGUUCGAAGAGGCCUUGAUGAACCGUAAAGAAAGCCCAACGAAAGAAAGUGAGAAGCCUGUCGAAUCAGUAGAUGAUGAUGAAAGGGUAAAUUGCUUCGGUUUUACGGAAGAGUUAAGUGCUAACUUACUUGAUACAAAAGUAUUGACUAUCAACGUGAAAGCACCUGAGGAACAUGAAGCAUUUCUCAAGGAACAGGAACCCCAGUACCAUCCUGAACAGGCAGAGGAACCACAAUACCACCCGCCAAUAACAUCAUGGGCAUGGGAUGCAGACCGUGAUAGAACCAUUCUUGAUCUCCAACAAUCGAACUUGCCCUUGACAGAAGUUUUGUCCUUUGUAGCUCAAUCCUGUCCAAAAUUACGUAUUCUAAGACUACAUGCAAACGUACCAGUGUCCAUUUCCGAGGAAUCAGUCCUCGAGAGCGACUCCACAACGUACGUCGAUAAGAGUGAUGAGGAUGAUUCAUCCGAAUUUGAAUUAUACAUGCGAUGUCGUCAGACGACUGACGUCCCAUUUAGAGCUCUGCUGGCGAUUGUUUCCUCCAUCUUUCCCAAAAUAUCUGAUCUCACGUUGGAUGGAGAUGACCAAACCAAGCUUGAUAUAUUGGGGUACAUGCACCCGCUUCCCAGUAGCUUCCUCCCAAAACUUCGUAGGUUGUGUUUACAACAGUUUGUGGGACCUCUUUGCCUGCUAACCUUUUUUAAAUGUGUCGUCGAAAAACUUUCACAUCUCCCGUUUCUUCAAAUAUCGCAGUGCAAUGUAAAUGUUCAAACAGAAAGUGAGAUGGAGUUCAAUGAAUCCGCUCUGUCUCACCUGGAAAUCAUUCCAGCUAAUGUAAUACCUUUCGCAUGUCUAAACGAACUGGUAUUCAAGGCUUUCAAAAGCAUAACAAAUUUCAUGGUCCAGAAUAUAGCAGCUGAACACCAAAUCUACCUACUCCUAAACUGGACCAAGACAGGGCAAAUGCCCACUGAAAAGCUUUAUUUGAAACAGUCAACACCCUUGAAAGCUUUCAAAGACCUCCUGACUAUUGUGAAUAAGUUCCCUAGGAUAAGUAAACUUGAGACAGAUGAGUGCGGUUCUUUAGAAAGAACAGAAAUACUUGAAAUAGUAAGGACGUGUACACAACUACAAUACUUCUCUUCUGUUGCAAGUGGUGUAAGCUGUAUUCUUGCCAUUUCUGAUCAGUUCAUGCGGAAAUCCACCUCUAAACCUAUCAGCAAAUCAUUUGGCAAGCUAGGAGGGGAGCUAAGACUUGAGACACACGACAUUACGCUUUGUGUGCCAAAAGGAGCCAUACAGGGAGAAGGGGAAAUUGAAAUUGUUCUCCAGGCGUUAACCAAUUCUUCAUCCACACACUUCCAAGAGGACGAGAUGGUUUGCAGCUUCGGAUUCCAGUGCACUGUUCCGAAUGCACCAGGUUUCAGGUUCGCAGUGCCUGUCAGAGUGACCCUUCCGCAUUGUGCCAUCCUUGAUGACCCUUCCAAAGUCGCGACAGGGAUCUACCAUGGUGAACUGUGGCAUGAUACAGGAGAUGUGGAGAUCAGUACUAUCACUUACAUCCCGCCGUCAGAACAUAGACUUCCAAGGUGUGAGGUGGAUGAAAAGGAGAUAACCGUCUUCAUUGACCACUUUUCAUUUGAAUGGCCAGUCCUGAAGAUUCGCAACCCCUUUGUGAAAGGCAAGCGGUUGGGAUGCUUGCCCUUCGUACCCAAAAAGAUGCCCCCUAUGAAGAAACCAAUCCUAAGGGUGUAUCUCUUCGACAUCGUUAGAGGCAAUCCCGAGGAGAUUGAAAAGGAUGAAUCUAAAUGUGACUUCCGCAUGGCUCGUCCUAAGAUUGAACUCCAGGCGAGAGACGACCUAGUUGUCACUUACGGUAUGGAUGGAAGCAACAACCAUGACAACAAGCAGAGUCUGCGGACAAUUCUGUUCAGUGACAUCAGGCAAUUGAUCCAAAAUACUGUCGACUUCAGGCUGGACUUCUCUGAACGCGUGGAACAGUUCGCUGCGGUUAAUCUAUCUGUAACUGAGGGUACUAAAAACAGGGGCAAUCUUCCUUUCGACGUUGACUUCACAGGUGACGCAUCAGGUUCUUCUCAGGGUGCCAUGGCAGUUGAAGGAUCGGCAAGCUACAGUACUUCGCAACUUGUGAUGGCGGACAUUUUGACUGACGAAUUUAUGCUAAAAUUGUCAAAAAAGAUUGAUCCUCAGAUGGUCACUGCAGCAGACUUCAGCAUAUACCUGGGACUCAGCCGAGCCGAGGGCGGUUGCGCAGCUAUACAGGCCAAUGUCGUCAAGAAUCAACGUGAAGCAUUCAAAGAUCUCUUGAGCGAGUAUGUUUUGAGAAAUGGACGGAAGAGUGCCAGUGCUCUCAAGCUGAGAAACAAAUUUCGAGAAAAUGGAAUGAAGGAUUAUGCUGAUGUCAUCGAAGCAGAAUUAAAGAAGUUUAACAUUCCUGUCCCGUCUGACGAAGACAGUCAUUGAAAUGAACAAAGCUGUAUCCUCCCCGAACCCUCCUUGCGGCACACCAGUUGCAGGGAAGUAAGUGAUGAAUUUGACAAGAUCUUGCAGAGAGUAGCCGAGUUUAUGAGUGAUGAUCUUGAAAUCCGCCGCCUUGCUUCGAAACUGGGCUUCAGUUGAAGAGCCGAAAGAUGAGUUCUGAGAAAAGUGGGAAAUAAGUUUUUAGCCCGUUUUCCCAUUCUUUUAAUGUUAGUGUGCAAAAAUUUCAUAGUAAAAAAAGUCCCCUUUGUGAUUUGGGAUUGAAUUGCUGUUUUUAUAUUCUUGUUUACAAUAUCCCAUGUUCUCUCAAGCAAAUAGUGCCUCAUUAGAAUAUAUUAUUGGCUGACGAAUUAUUUCGUUUUCUCAUAUUUAAUGUGCCAAAUUCUAUGGUACAGAAGUGCUAUACCGUUCAGUAUUUAAAACUUGAUUAGAUUUCAUUAUGUAAAUAGGGAAAUGAUACAGCUGUCUUCCCCUUUCUUUUUCUACGUUAGAAAGGAGUUUUUAUAUUCAUUGCAUUGGAAUUUUAUAUUUAUGGCUGUAUAUGCAUAGUUUGUUUGCAUAAAUUUGCAAUAGAAGUAGUAUGUUUAUAUUUGUAACUAUACAUGUAUAAUUUGUUUGAAUAAAAUUGUAUUUAACGUAAUAUUUAUCAAUUUCAAAUUAGGCUGUAUUAUUUUGUCUUUCAUCGGGAAAAGCAGAGUGAAAACUAUGUAAAAAUAAUCUACAGUUUAUAAACUACAUGUAAAUCUGCAAAAUGAAGGCCUUUGUAUGGUGGCCCAGAAGGGAUAUCGCGAAUCGUGAAUUUUGUUGUGAAAUUCCCUGGAAAUAUGCCACAAGUCGCAUAUUUCGUCGUUACUUUUUUCGUGAAUUUAUUUUUCCUUGAGCAGUAACUGAACCGCUAUAAAUAUUAUAUUUUUUGUUUGCUUGUUCAUGAUAUCAGUACUGUAUUUUUAAAGCGACUCUUGCAAUAUACGUGUAUCUAUGUCUGCUGAAACAGUAUUAUGUAAGGUGUUUGAACAAUUUCAAAAACCACUCCAAAUUUGGAAGUCAUGAGACAUAAAUACUUUGCAACCUUAGAAUUAUGCACAAAAGUUGUAAUGUGUUGUUGCGAAUCACACUUUUUGUUCCUAAAAACAAAGCUGUACAUAUGUUAGCUCUUUAAUUCUUUUUGCAUACAUUUAUCUAGUCGUCAUGAAUGUAUUGAAAUCAUAUUGAUAUGAAGUAUGUGUCCACCAGAGAAAUAAUGUAUAGCCUGAAAUUCAAUGGCUUUUUAUUUACAAAAACGUUACAAAAAAUUGCAUACCGGUUAUUAUGUACAACCGUUGCAAUCUCAUUGCAGAAUUCAUUGUCUUUACCAACUGUCAUGUGCUUUAAUCUCUUGCCAUCUUGUCAUCUUUCUUCUAGCCUCCUUUUUGCACUAUUUGCCAUUUGUCUGGCCAAAAAGUGUCAAAGUGUCCUUGUGCUGCUCGUAUUUAACUGUUAGUGUACAUUCUGAGGUUCUUAUUAAUGUCAUGAGAACUAUAUAGAUGUAUUUUUGGUCUGUACUAUAGAUAAACUUUACUUUUAUACCUCCGCCACAUAGUACAGCAGGAAGCAUUAUGUUUAUCUAUCUGUCUUCGACUGUGCAUAAUUAAUCUUAGUACCAGCCUGACUGAGAAAUGAAUGUGGUAUCUUGAUGAAAUUAUUAGCGUUUAUAUGCGUGAUCAAAGAUUACUGGAUUAAAUUUGGUCGUUGAUGUCAAAGGUCAAAGGUUAAUUGUUCGAUUUGUAAAUAAGUGACGUUUUGCCCUUUUCUUGAAAAAAUACACAACAGAAUGCAAUAUUAAUAUGUAAUUAUUGAUCGAAGGGAAAAAUCAUUCCAAAGUUUUUUCUCUACUGGUUAUACGUGUAAUUUUUUAAGAUUUUUUUUAGCUCUCAUAUUACUGAAGCAAAUGUCCUACGAACUGUCAUUUGAAUGAAGAUCUGGAAUGAAACCUCAAACUGGAUUUAUGAAAGUACUCAAGUUGGAAUUUGUUCAAUUUACAAAAUAUAAUUUUUGGCUUUGAAGAUAAGAGAAACGAUGCUCUAAAUAGCAUUGUUAUGUUAAUUAAACAACAUAUGUUUAUUUGUGAAUUGAAUGGUAUUGUUCUGCUUUCUGAUAUGUUGCAAAAGAAAGUUUCGUGAUAUUAUAAAGAUAAGAAAUAUUAUUGAAUGUCUAUCUAGAAUGGAAAAACAUUUUGCUGUAAAGUGGCAGUUGCUACAAUUGUUGUUUGUAUGG